GGAGGCGAGGCGGGGGGAUUGGGAGAAAGAGCGGCAGAGUUUCAGGAGCAGGAGUUGGAGAUGGAAAUGAGGAAGGAUAACAGUUCAAACCGAGCGAGAGAGGAGACAGAGAGUCAGAGAGAGAGCGAGAGAGGAAGUGGCAUUGAAGUGAAAGUGCUGAGCUGGUUUGUGAGGGAGAGAAACUGAUCAGUGAGGGGACACCGAGCGGAGGGUGAACAGAGCCUGAGGGAGCCCAGGGCCUGACAUCACCGCGAUGAACCUGAGACUCACCUCACAGCGUAAACGUCUGCCCAUAACACGGUCUCAGCCGCCGCCUCCUUCAACCCGGAGGCACAGAGCAAUGCUCAUCUCACUGUUCAUUCAUCUCAGCUUCUCAACAGUCCAUGGAGGGGUGAUGGAUGGACGAAUUGUUCAGUCCCCGUCGCUCACGGUUGGUGCCGGAGGCUCCGUGUUGUUACAAUGCAACUUCGUGACACCCGGGAAAGUUCCGGAAGUGGUGGCGUUCCAGUGGGACCUGCCGGGGGGUGGGGCUGUGCUCCGAGUGGUCCCGGGGAGCGGGGGGGAGGGGGGGUUGCCGGGGCGGAUGACCCUCCAUGCUGACCUGAGUUUGAGGAGCAGCGCGUUAGAGAUUCACAACGUGACGCUGGGCGAUGAUGGGCUUUAUCGGUGUCUCGUCGAAAUCCUCGAGCCUCUCCCGAUCGUUCGUCUCUGGGGAACAGGCACUGAGCUCAGCGUCCAACAGCAUUCCCUCUCACACCCCCCCAGCCCCCAGCUCAGCCAGACAGCAGGGGACGAGGGUCACUCUGGGUUGGUGGCAGCACAGACAGAGAGUUGGCAGACAUACACCCUUUACACUGUGGUCGGUGUCCUGCUCCUCAUCGGCCUGGCAUUCUCCGUCAGCAUCAGACAAUGUGGGUUCAACUGUAACUUGCGCAAAGACUCCCAGGAAGAUUCAGCUCCCUGAGCACUGACACACACUCACACACACUCUCACACUCACUGACACACUUAUAC